UAUAAUUAAGGGGGGGAACUCUAAUUAGAAAGUUUUUUUUCAAAAAACUUUUUUUCUUAAUCGAUAGUUCUAAUCAAGAAUAUGCCUGUAAAAUAUUAAAUCGAAAUCCGAAGUAGUUGUAAAGAUACAGCUCAUAAUACGCGAGCGCGCACCGCAGGUACAAGUACGCGCGCCGGGCGGCUGAGACUCGAGUCGCUCGCAGGUAUAAGACGACUGGAGUUCGACCCCAAAUGAAACCUAUUGUAUUCCUUGUCGGGUAAAGAUGUUUUGACAUAAAAAUUAUAAGUAGAUUACUAAUCUACUUAUAAUAAUAGUAGAUGGCGUUGUGUAUGUAUCUCAAAAUGAAUCUGUUUUAUGGAUCAAGAAAACAGUUAACCUCAGUUCUGUGACGGUUUCUGGCUUGUGUACACGCUAAAAUGUAUCCGAAAGGAAAAAAAGAUACUCCGAAUCGCAUUAAUAGACCGCGUAAACGAAGGUUUCACGGGAACAGAUUUACGAACAGAGACAGUAGCUCCGAUAAUCAAGAAUCCGCGCAAAGUUCUUCGGCCAAAAAAUUGAAUACAUCGAGUAGCGCGGAUAUUUCAGUAAAUCCUCUCCAUUGCUACAAAAUUAUUGAAUUUUUUCAUGUUUUUGGUGCGCUGCAAGAUUUACUCAUUUGUAAAGGAUGUAAAGGAAAAGUGAAAUUCGAAGAAUGCGGCGAUCGAGGUGUGGGGUUCAAACUCGUUGUCAAAUGUAUAUGUGGUCGUACAGAAAUCAAUUCCGGGCCUUUAAUUAAUACAGGCUACGAAAUAAAUCGAAGAUUAGUUCUCGUUAUGAGAAUGUUAGGCCUCGGUAGAGAAGGUGUGAACAUAUUCUGCGGCCUCAUGGAUAUCGGACAAGGUUUAGCUUCGAGUACGUAUGAACUGAUUGUGAAACAUAUUCACAAUGCGUCUAAAUCGACUUUUGAAUUUGUGUGCAAAAAAGCUGUUGACGAGGAAAAAUCAUCCAACGAGAGUCAUGGACAACCAGCAACAGAUUUCGGAGUAUCUGGAGAUGGUACGUGGAAAAAGCGUGGGUUUUCUUCUCUGUUUGGUGUUGCAGUGCUUAUUGGAAAUUUUACGGGCAAAAUAGUGGAUAUGGUCGUAAAAAGUAAAUACUGUCAUGAGUGUGCAAUUUGGAACAAUAAAAGAGACAGUGAGGAGUUUGCUCAUUGGUUGGAAGAACACGAAGCAAACUGUCAAACUAAUCACGAUGGUUCCGCAGGCAAAAUGGAGGUGGAUGGUAUGAAAGAAAUGUUUGGGACUUCCGUUGAGAAAUACGGAGUGAGAUACGUAAAUUACAUUGGAGACGGAGAUUCGAAAACGUUCAAGAGCAUACUGGAUUUAAAUCCAUACGGCGAUGACUGCACGGUAAUCAAAAGCGAAUGUGUUGGACACGUCGAAAAGCGAAUAGGCACCCGACUGCGAAAUAUUAAGAAAGAAAAACUAGGAGGAAGAGGGAAGCUAACUGACGGUGUCAUUGUUAAAUUAACAAAAAAUUAUGGUUUAGCAAUUAGACAAAACAUUGAUUCAGUCUUGAAUAUGAGGACAGCUAUAAUGGCAUCGCUGUAUCAUUAUUGCUCGACGGAUGAUCACCCCAGACACGAAUGUUGCCCGAUAGGUGCGGAUAGUUGGUGUUCGUGGCGUAAAGCGGAAGCACGUGGACAGCUGGACAAUUACACUCAUCCAAAACAACUUAUUUCUUCUGAAAUUGAAAAACACCUUCUCCCCGUUUAUCAGGAUCUGUCAAGGGACGAUCUUCUACAGAGAUGCUUAGGCGGAUACACGCAAAAUCCCAAUGAAAGUUUCAAUUCAACGAUCUGGCGUUUGGCUCCCAAACAUCUGCAUUGUGGCUCUAAAGUACUGGAAAUCGCUUCUUUUUUGACUGCAGGGGCUUUCAAUGAAGGUUAUUCGUCACUUUUAAGAACGAUGCAAUCGUUGGAAAUAACUAUUGGCCGCCAAUGCAAAUCUUUCUGCGACAACCACGACGACCAGCGAAAGACGAGACAGAAUCUUCGUGCACAAGAAAACACGAAGGAGGCACGACAGGCACGACGGCUCUCCAACACUCAACAAAAUGAGUUUUACGAGCAAGAGGAAGGCCUCCUGUAUUCGUGUGGGAUGGCAGAUUAGCCUGGAAAAGCUAUCGAAAAAUAAAGAUGGCAGCGUGUCCGCCAAUUAGACGCAACUGCGCGGAGCGUUGGCAUUCGACGAUAGACUCACGUGUUUACAAUCAGACUUUUUUAAUAAAAAAUAAUUUUUGUAGAGUAAAAACAUACCACAAUAAACUGUAAAAAGUUUAAAC